CCGUCUUCCGACAAGACAUCCGAUCACUCCACGCCAGACGAGAUGAAGAUCGCGGCCUUCCUUCUGCUGGGCGCCACCCUGGUGUCCGCCGGGGAGCUCCACGGGCACUACCACGGCCCACCAGCGGCGUCCUACGGCCCACCAGCCGACUCGUAUGGCCCGCCCGCCUACAGCCAGCCGCUCCCAGCCGCGGCGCCGAGCUCCGCCGUGGCCGAGAGCGUGCAGUACAACCAGGGCGGCAGCUACGGCCCGCCCGCACCCGUGUACGGCGCCCCCGCCGCCGAGGCCAACUACCAGACCCACAGCCAGGUGCCCACCCGCACCAUCACCCGCACCGUGACCGUGCCCAUCCCACAGCCCUACCCCGUGCCUGUCGAGAAGCCCGUGCCCUACGAGGUGAAGGUGCCCGUGCAGGUGCCCGUCGACCGGCCUUACGAGGUGGCCGUCCCCAAGCCCUACCACGUGCACAUCGACCGCCCCGUCCCCGUGACCGUCGAGAAGAGGGUGCCGUACCCCGUCAAGGUGCAGGUCAAGGUGCCCGUCCCCGUGCCCGUGCCUUACGACGUGCCCAAGCCCUACCCCGUCAAGGUCUGGGUGCCCAAGCCCUACCCCGUGCCCGUGCCCGUCAAGCAGUACAUCCACAAGAAGUACAUCCACAAGACCUACAAGGUCCAGAACGACCACGACGACUGGUCCUGGUAAACGUUGUCCAGGGAAGGCCCCCUUUCAACAGCUGCAGUGCAGGCCGCACUCAAUCUUCAUCUCUAGUCAGACUUUAGGUUACCAAUGUCUUGUUGAUUUAAUGUUUACUUUUUGCAACCAAUUUUUAAUGAAUAAAUACCUAUUGACUGUU